UCGCGAUGACAAAGCAACUCGUUGGCGUCCCGACGUUUGGAGUGCGGGCAAGAAUUAUCGAGCAUUUGUGUCAAAACAGCUGUUGGAAAAUGGAGAACGCAAUUUUCUCGUCCGGUUCAUUGAGGAAGUUUGAGUGCGUUACCUGAAGGGUGUUUAGUUUUAUCGGAGGAAAUGCGCCGGCAAAAUCAAUCCAUGACCGAACAAAGCGACGAUGAUUGUACAUCAUCGACGUCCCAAAUACUGGAAAGAGUGCAGCCAGAUAGGGUGACCCUCACAAAGCCAGAAGAAGAUCGUAGAAGGCGAACCAUUAUCGUUGAAAAAAAGAAUGGUUCCUACGGCUUCACACUACAAAGCUAUGGCAUUCAUUACAAGAAAGAACAGGAGAUCGAAAUGAUCACUUAUGUAGAUUAUGUCGACUACGACGGUUCCGCAUAUCGGGCAGGUAUGCGAGAGGGUGAUGUCAUACUGUCAAUUAAUGGCACCGACAUGGAAAAGGCAGACCAUAAAACAUUAGUCAAUUUCAUCAAGAGCUGUGAUUCUAGGAUGAGGAUGGUAGUCUUGUUUGAAGAUUGUGUGAGAAAGGUGGAACUUCAUAUUCGCUACAUACAACUGCAGAGAACAUUGCAAAGCAAAAUGCUUGAACUGGAAAAAUUGUGCACACAAGAGAGGCAACUGAUCGAAGGAAAAUGGAGAACACACAGUCUCCCAGCCAGAAAAAAAAGCUCUCAACAAACUCCAUCUGGAGAUUUGGAAUCACCUACUCAGACCCCGUAUUCCUAUUGCAGAACCACUGUUUCAACUGAAGAUGUAGCAAAGCUACCGGAAAAACAGCGCAACUCUUCUCUGAUUUUGGCCUAUCGUUAUUUAGAUCCCCAUUAUGGGUAUAUUUUGCAACCUACAGCAAGUAGUAGCGAAUACCUUUUGGCUUUCGACGAUGGAAAAAGUUUGAAUGAGCAUCAUUUGUUGGUUAAAACGCCAAGUGAAACGCCGGUAACUAAACAGAACAAAGGUAAUCAAACCAAAUUUUGCUCGGAGAAAGAAAAGAAGACUAAUUGCCACUUGUACUCCGGUAACCUCUGCAAUUCCUGUGUUCAAGUACCUAACAACUCCGACAAUGUGAGUCUGGAUGCUUAUGACUUAGCUAGUCCCUGUUGCAAUCCACACUGUGUACCAUCUAAUAGAAGACGUUCCAAGCAUCACAAAGAUUCUGUGAAAAGAAGGGAUUCGAAGAGUGAAGAAACGCAAUGCGAUCUUUUACCACAAAAUCAGAGGCCACCAAGAUCUCGACCACAUUCUCAAACAUCUACCGUAUCGCCAUCGAGCCAAAUGUUUUAUGUCCCUAGAAAAAAUUUCCACAUGGGAUCCGGCCUUGUUAGUCAAUGUAGUCUCCAUUCUUUCACCUCCAGCGAGCAUAGUGCUAUUGCACCUACUACAACAGGAGAAAGUACCGGAAGCUAUACCACUUCUCUUAGUACCGAUACACUCUACUGGAAUGGUUCCUGUGAUAUAAAUCCUUCGCGGAAUUCUAAUGGGAAAUUCAAAUACGAAUGCCAAAAGUAUCCACCUUCCAACGAACCCGUUUAUGUCCAAUAUAACGUUGUUAAACCGAAGUCUUGGGAUAGUUUAGAAACAAAAGCGUUUGGAGGCUAUGGCUUCGGCGGUUACGGUUAUAUAGAUUCGGUUGGAAAGAAUAAGCCUGGAAGUACACGAUCGAAUUAUAGCAAGAAAUCUCAAGGGACACAGUGUGCUAGAUUGGAAAAAACCAACUCUUGUUCGGCACAAACCCCUCAGUAUACUCCGCAUACACAAAGGAGAUACUUCAAUACGAAUAGAUCAACAGAAAGCUUAUUGUCUUACCAAAAGUAUGCAGAUUCGAAUAAAUCUUGCGAAUCCCUUAAUCCCCUCUCUCCUGGCUUGGAAACUAGGUUUUUCCAGAGUCCUAAAAGGAAUUCUAUCGCAUCAGAUGAUCCUAAUACAUAUUAUAGCAAUAAGAAUUCCACUUCAAAACAAGUAUCUACAAGUUCGGAGGCAACUAGACUUUGAGUGAUAUGUGAAUUACUUGUAUUUUACUCAUUUUAUAUCAUAAAAACUGAAAAAUGUUUUCCCUCGAGGGAU